GGCUUCCGAGUCCUCUGAACAUCCGCGGCGAGACAUCGGGCGGUCUUCAUAGAGUCUGUGGUUUUUGUUUAACUUCACAGCCGGGCCGAGUAGCGUGUCCCUGACAUCUACGUGUGCGCUACGAGUGUGUGUGUGCGUGUGUCUAGCCUCCAGAUCCAGAACGUCAACAACCGCAGCUAGGUGAAGUGAAGCCACUGGGAUACCAGGAAGUAGCGGAAACUCGUGAACCCCGCGGCUGCCGUCUUCCUCUCUACUACUACCUGCCUGCUGUCCUCCCCCGAGUACCGCAUGACUUCUGCCCUAGGCGUGGAGUUAAGUUAGCUGGUAAACCCAUGAGGUAGCAGACACAGCAUUAUCUUGAUCUCCACAGUCAGCACACACAGAAAAAAAAAAGAAAAGGGAGCGGGAUCAGUGUGACGGCACCUCCCCAGAAGUCCGUCAGAUAACAGUGAAGAUGGCGACCAGUUCAGAGCGCACCAGUCCUCCUCCUUUCCCCGACUCGGAGGACCAAGACCUGGCGGAAUGUGAGGGUGUGGGAGACCGUGUGAGCGACGAGGACGGAGACGGAGACGACCUUUUCCUAUCGGCGAGCGGUCCUACAAUGUCAGACAUGGACCCUGCACUGCCAACAACGAUAACCAAUGCACCCAGCGAGGUACUGUUUGAGCCGCCCCUUGACCUCAUGAGUAGCCCCAUCCUUGAGACGGAAACCAAGCCGGCCGCCGCAGCCGUGGUCAAACCCCUGGUCGAAGCCGUGGUCGAGACCGUGGCCGAACCGGUGGCCGAACUCGUGGAGGAACCCCUGGAUGAGUUUGAUGACCUCGUCGACCUCUCGUCGGACGUCCCGAGCGUCCAGGCGACCAGCGCCGCCGCUGCAGAGAGCCCCUUGGUGGAGGUCGAGGCCGAGACGCCCUCAGAAGAAGCCUGCGAGGAUUUUGUCGACCUAUCGGGAAGUGAUAGCGACUCGUCACAGGAGGAAACGCUGCUGGAGGUUCCUGCUGACUCAGCGGCAGCUUCGUCCGACCCACAGGACGUGAGCACUGCCCUCCCCCCCGGCGAUGUCGCCACAGGAAGCGCCGCGCACGAGCAGCCCGGAGCUCUGCUCGAGGUCGACAUCGGCCAGGCCUCUGCCAACGGCGAAAAACAACCGCUGUCCGAAGACCUCUUCUUCGACCCCCUGGCAAACCUCGCCGACGCCGGGCCGCCUCCCACGGCCGCGGUGAAGCAACCCGCCCCCCCCCCCCAGCAGCAGCAGCCGCAGCAGCCUCCCCUGGACCUGUUUGAAGAUGAUCCCAACGACCUGUUCGGGGAGUCCCGGCACGCCAAGUCGGCCAAGCAGCAGCCCUCCAGCCUCUUCGGCGAGGUGGACGAGGACAUCUUCGGCGAGCCGCUGGGCGCCCCCGCCGCUAAGAAAGCCGGGAACAUGGCGAGCCGGGAACAGAGGGAGACCACGGUCGGGACCAAGACCAGCGGUCUCGGUGGUGGUGGUGCUGGUUUUGGUGACGUGGGCGGGCCUUUGAAUAACAACUACGAGAAGGAACCGGCCGACAUUUUUUCUGAGGAAGCGGUUACCAUAGCGCCCACUGCCGCCGCCGCCAGCAGCUCCAGGACCAACGGGGUCCACGGGGCGGCCGAAGAGGGAGAUAUAUUCGCAGAAGCCACAGUAGAGCUGUCUCUGGACAGCCCCAGGGCCGACAGGAAGAAGAACACUACAGCAGCCAAGCCAUCCACAUCUGCAACCACCCUGUCUUCUGCUGCCACCGACCUGUCCAAGACGCACUCUGCCAGCCUGGAGGAGCUGGAAGAGGAGGAACAGGAAGAUAACUUUGAUGUCAACAUCUCUGUGACAAACCCAGAGAAAAUAGGUGAUGGCAUGAAUGCGUACAUGGCCUACAAAGUCUCCACGCAGACGACGCUCGCCAUGUUCCGCACCAAGACGUUCACGGUGCGACGGCGCUUCAGCGACUUCCUGGGCCUCUACGAGAAGCUGACGGAGAAACACGCGCCCAACGGCUUCAUCGUACCGCCACCGCCGGAGAAGAGCAUUAUGGGCAUGACCAAGGUGAAGGUGGGGAAGGAGGACUCGUCCUCUGGGGAGUUUGUGGAGAGGAGGAGGGCGGCCCUGGAGAGGUACCUGCAGAGAGUGGUGUGCCACCCGUCCCUUCUGCAAGACCCCGACGUCAGAGAGUUCCUGGAGAAGGAGGAGUUACCCCGGGCGGUGGGCACCCAGGCUCUGAGCGGCGCCGGUUUCCUCAAGAUGCUCAACAAGGCGACGGACGCCGUCAGCAAGAUGACCAUCAAGAUGAACGAGUCAGACGUGUGGUUCGAGGAGAAGCUGCAGGAGGUGGAGGCCGCCGACCAACAGUUCAGGAAGCUCCACGGCAUGGUGGAGUCUCUGGUGGUCCACAGGAAAGAGCUGUCCCUCAACACGGCCUGCUUCUCCAAGAGCGUGGCCAUGCUGGGCAGCUCGGAGGACAACACGGCGCUGUCCCGCGCCCUGUCCCAGCUGGCCGAGGUGGAGGACAAGAUGGAGCAGCUGCACCAGGAGCAGGCGUCCUGCGACUCCUUCAGCUUCGCCGAGCUCAUCGCCGACUACAUCCGCCUCCUGGGCUCUGUCCGGGGCUCCUUCGAUCACCGUAUGAAGGCGUGGCAGCGCUGGCAGGACGCCCAGACCAUGCUGCAGAAGAAGCGCGAGUCGGAGGCCAAGCUGCUCUGGGCCAACAAGCCCGACAAGCUGCAGCAGGCUAAGGACGACAUCGCUGAGUGGGAGGCCAAGGUGACCCAGUACGAGGGAGACUUUGACCGGGUGUCCUCCACUGUGCGCAAAGAAGUCGUCCGCUUUGAGAAGGAGAAGGUGAAGAACUUCAAGAGGCAGAUCAUCAAGUACCUUGAGACUCAGCUCAAGGCUCAGCAACAGCUCAUUAAAUACUGGGAUGCGUUCUUACCUGAGGCUAAAGCCAUCGCCUAGCCCGUGGACGUUAGCCCUUUGGAGGACAGAAGAGGCUGCCUUCUCUGAUACACUUACCUCUUGCCUUUUUUUAAAACCAAGGAGAAGAAGAACAGGUGCAUUGUAAAAGGGAGAAGAGAUGCAAUCCAGUUUUGUUUUUUAAGAAAUCACACUAUAACACAUAGCCCUUUAUUCUAUUGCAUUGAUAAUUUUAUAUCUAUUUUUUUGUUUAACCGUACACAAAUAUUUUCUUAUUAGACGAUGACAAAGAACACACACACACACACACACAGGUAAGUGUUUAACAAUGAUUCCAUUGAUUUCCACGGGGAUAACGGGGGAUUGUUCUCAGGACAGUAUACGCCCCCUACAUUGAUCAGCCAGUCCUCUUAACAUUAGCGUUGUUGAUUGUUUACAACAGGGCUUCUCGCCCGCGACAAAGGUAAGAGCCAGGGUAGCUCAUCGUUUUGUCCGCUGUACAGAAGCUGACUUCUGUUCUCUAUAAGGGAGGGGUUGGGAUAUUGAAAAAAGUAUGAAGAGUUAUAAAAAUGAAAUUGGUUACUACAGGAAACCAUGUUGGCACUUCCUCCCAGAGUAGUUCUGGCAUUUUUCUUUCUUUUUUUCAGAUAAAAAUAACUGUUGGUUGUGAGAUUGUUGCAGAGGAUCAGAGCAUUAUAUUUGUUGGCCAUGCAAGUGUGGUGUUGGGUAAGGGACAGGGGUUGUUAUGUUAUAUAGGCUGUUGUUGUGACUGUGAUGCAGGUCAAGGUCCUGUAUAUACUGAACGAUAUUUCACUUGUGUCCAAAACAAAAAGAAACUCACCACAGAACUUUAUAUGGAUGUGCCUUUUUUCAAAUUUCAACAAAAAAAAAUCUGCCCCCGUAACUUUAAUUAUAAUCUUUUUUCUACGUAUUGCAGGGGCAUAUUGAAAUGGCAAUUAUUUACUAAUGACCAUAAUUAGCUGAAGACAUCUAGUUUAGCCAACAGAUACAUCAAACUGCUGUUAUCUUGAUCGAUUUAAUCUGAGUUCAGCAUUACCAGUCACCAAAAUGAUCCUUGUUUUAAACCAGCAAUGAGCCCGGUUUCUUUUCCCUUGUUUCGCCUCAUUUUAUUUGUAUGAGAGCUUGAACUUAACGUCAUGGGUUGGCCUCGCAGGAAACUGCGGUGCCAGCCCGUAUCACUAUGGUUACUAUCGGAAGACAUUCCUUUGCACACGUCACGUUGCUCCUUAUAAAAACAAUCACUAGACCCUAAAUGUCGGAAAUUCAGAAUUUGUCUUCAUAUGUAGCCUUCUGUAAAUCAAAUGCUGCCAUCACUUGUGAACGUGCACAGUGUCAAGAAAAAUACAUGAAAUAAAAGUUGCACUUUUCACAUUUCUUGGCCUCCCUGGAAUUCAUAUUUUAAUGUGGUUUGCACCUCAUAUGCAGAAAGGUUAUUUAUGAGUCAACCGGUUGGGCAAAAUAACUGGCAGUGUUUAAUUUCCUACUGGAGAUACGAGUGUCUACGCAUGGUAUUGUAUUAGCGGUGGUGAGGAUAGACCUUAAUCAUAUUGGUUGUGGGUUUGAACCUAGAAUCGUUGGAAACCAUUACAGCUCUUCAUUGUUUAAGAUAAGCCUUUACUAAUCACCCUGGAGUACGUUUAGUUCUGCAUUCCAUCUCCCAACACAUAGCAUUUAGAAUUGUCCUGGUUUCCCCCCCCACAGUCUUUUCCCAGCCCAACCAACCAAUAAAAACACUGGGUAACUAAGGCUUGAAGACACUUCACAUAGUUUCCCUGAGAGACUUUCACUUGAAUCAAAACACUACUCUUAACUUGGGAUGGCAGACUUCUUUAUUUGUCACUCGAGUUGCAAAUCCAAAGAAUAAAACACGGGAACCCUUUUUCUGAAGCUAGAAAAGGUCAGCACUGUGCCUGAACCCAGGGGACACCAGGAACACCUGAC